CACUCCCCUCUCGUUUAAAGGGCGCUUCGUGGUUCUGCUACUCGUUGAAACUGCUCUCUGCCGUACAGAUUAUUCGACUAUGGAAAGCUUUAUGAUCGCUCUGUGAUGUUUUCUGCAGAACUGGAAGCCAAUUCUCGAGGUAGUUGAUGAUGAAAGAAAGGACCACUGCCUCCCCACUAAAACGGAUUCUGAUGAACUGUGGAGCUCAGGCAAAAGAAUAUGGGAGUUGUGUUGCAGCAAAGGUUCCUCAAAUUGAACGUGAUAUGUGUUUGAAAGAAUUUCUUACAUUAAAGAAUUGCAUGCAGAAUGUGCUCAAAGGGAAGCAUUAGAUUUACAGAUUUGCCUCCUCGUAUAUAUUGGAGCCACAUAUAUCUUGGUACAUUCAGAAAAAGUGUUAUUUCUCCGGAGAAGGACUCCCUGUGAUUAUCAACUUCAAACCUCAAACUUGAAACACAAGACUGAUUUAAAUGUUUGGGAAUACAUCAAGUUCUCAACCCACAGUCGGAUUUGGUGGAUCUGGUGCUCUGUCACAUACGUACAUCCAGUAUCCACCCUUAAGAUGCAGAAAUGAUGGGUCAAGAGGUUUAUUUUAUGAUGACGGAAAUAAACUAUUAAUCUCGCCGACCUCUGAUAAGGUUGUUUCUUGGAAAACUUCUCCCUUUACUCCUGAUGUUGCUCCAACUACUGAUACAAUAAGCGAGGGGCCAGUACUGUCUGUCCGCUAUUCUUUAAAUGCAAAGCUUAUAGCUGUCCAACGAUCAAAUCAUGAGGUCCAGUUUUGGGUCAGAGAAACUGGAGAGACUUUUAGUCAGAAGUGCAGGUCUGAGUCCGAUAGCAUAUUGGGCUUCUUUUGGACAGAUUGUGCAGUUUGUGAUAUUGUAUUUGUCAAGACCAGUGGGCUGGACCUCUACACUUACAUGCCAGAGCUAAAAUCACUUGAUUUGGUUGAGACAAAGAAAAUGAAUGUGAGUUGGUACAUCUACACACAUGAAAGCCGCUUAAUAGUUAUUGCUUCAGGAAUGCAAUGCAAAAGCUUUACUGGAUAUCAGCUUUCUUCUGCGGGCAUAAUUCGAUUGCCAAGGUUUGAGAUGGCAAUGGCAAAGUCUGAUGUUAAUAGCAAGCCUGUUCUUGCUGCUGAAGAUGUUCAUAUUGUCACUGUUUAUGGAAGGAUAUACUGCUUACAAGUAGAUAGAGUUGCAAUGCUACUGCAUUCAUAUAGAUUUUAUCGUGAUGCUGUUAUCCAGCAGGGUUCUCUACCUGUUUAUUCCAGCAAGAUAGCAGUAAGUGUGGUUGACAAUGUUCUGCUCGUCCAUCAAGUGGAUGCAAAGGUUGUCAUAUUAUAUGAUAUAUUUGCAGAUUCACGAACACCUGUAUCUGCUCCACUUCCUCUUUUAAUAAGGGGCUUGCCACGCACCGGUAUUCCAUCCUCUCAAACAAGUAGGAAGGAUGCAGAAAGUUCAGAGACAACACUGUUUAAUGAUCCGUCGUCUCAUUUGUAUAGCGAUGACUGGAAUUUUCUUGUUCCCUGCCUUGUAUGUGAUGUUUCCACUGGUUUUUUGUGGAAGAUUGAUUUGGAUUUGGAGGCAAUUUCUGCAAGUAGCUCAGAAGUUCCAUCAGUCCUUGAGUUUUUGCAGCGGAGGAAGUUGGAAGCAAAAAAGGCUAAACAGUUGUGUUUGGAACUAGCUCGCUCUCUCAUCAUUGAGCGAAGACCUCUCCCUAUGGUUUUCCGGGCAAUAGAGGUAUUGGUGAACUCUUUCUCGUAUUCACUUAAAACGGGCAGUUACUUGAAGGGUGGGAAGUCAGAGAAACCCGCAGUUCCUGGUGUAUCUGAGAACAGUGUCAGUACAGGCACCAGUGACAAUAUUAGUAGUGCAGAUGCAUCUGGUAAAUCUGUCAAAACUGGACCUGCAAGCGGAGUUGACCGUAGAACUAUACACAAUUCUAGCUUCUUAACUUCAGACUCCGAGGAUAAUGCUAAUUUCAAGAAGGCGAAGGCCAAAUUUCUUGAUACUAAUUCUUCUAGUGGGAAUAUAGACGGAGAAACUUCAGUGGGUGCUGAUGCAUCUAGAAUUGAAGAUCAUUCAAUGGCUUCAGAACCUCAGCUACAUGAUAACCAACCACUGAAUGCUAAUGUCUCUGAACAGCAAGACUCCCAAGUUACUUCAGCAGCCAUUCCACCAGAUGAGCUGUAUAACUUUGUAUUUGCUUCUGUGGAGGAAGAGAUGAUUGCAGAUGCUUCUUACUUGUUUGCCAUCAUUGUCGAGUUCAUAAGGAGCGCCAACUUGGAGAAAAUAAAACUGCAUCCAAAUAUCUAUCUGAUGGCAGUGCGGCUGCUUGGUCGAAACGAGAGAUAUGCUGAACUUGGAGAGUUUAUUCUGAAUAAGAUAAUUGAGCCCUCGAAAGAGGUUGCACUUCAACUGCUAGAGACCGGGCGUCAGAAUGUCCAAACGAGAAAGUUGGGCCUGGAUAUGCUGAGACAACUCCAGCUUCAUCACGACUAUGUGGUGUUGCUUGUACAAGAUGGAUGUUAUCUUGAAGCCUUACGUUAUGCACGCAAGAAUAAGGUUAAUAGUCUGCGGCCGUCCCUGUUCUUAGAAGCAGCAUAUGCAUCAAAUGACCCACAACAAUUAGCUGCAGUUCUAAGAUUCUUCCGUGAUUUCAUACCGGGGUUCAGAACCACUUCAGAACAUAGUACGUACAUCCGUGCUCUUGCCGAUAUGCAUUCGUCAAUUGCUGUGUGAGGUCUGUUUGCUUUUCGAAUUUCCGAAAUGAAGAUUAAAAACCUGCAACUCUUUUUAUAAAAAUGGCAACUCUUGUAGACGAGUUGCACAUAAUUUGUCUGUGGUUCAUGUUGUCAAUUUUAAAAGUAAAAUGAAUAAAACUAGGCAAUGGAAAAUGUAUCAAACUUGAGUUUAAUUUUUC